UUUUUUUUGGCAUGGGUAUCGCGGAUCCUUCGAGGCAGCCACAUGACAGCCACUGUCUGCGGUCAAUGAGUUGUAAUGGUGACAGACAAAGAAUGUUCCCAAAGGCUGAUAGAUACUAAUUUGUUGGAAUCGUGGUGCUGGAUAUCUGAUUGCUUAGCUUCAAUAUAUCCUGGUUUUAAUUACGAAGUGCGAUUCAUAACACUACCUACUUUCUCUACAUACAUAGGGGUCCAAGAGAAACGACCUCUAUCCCCACAACAUUCAGAUCUGGCAGUUGCUCGUACUACACUAUCGAAGUGGAUAUUGCCUAGGCUUUCGAUACGAUACUUGGUCUGAUCGGAUCAGUUUUCAGCUCUACUGAUGUCAUACUCUCUCGGAUUUGCCUAUGCCAAUCUGAGCUCGGACAUCUUCCGACAAGGGCCUUGUGGGCGUAUAUCACUGGUCCUGCGUGGAAGGCCUCACGUACCAUGUACCACUAUACAAUGGUAGAUGUAUGGUACACUGGAGUAGUGUACCUUGAAGUACAUUUGUACAUAUUUCGGGGUACCUUGACAUGACACGUCCACUGCUGAUAUCAGAACGAGCGAUCGGAUAUCUGCACUCCCCUCCGUACCUGACAGAUGCCUAUUAUUGGCACUCAUACAAUGGUAAGGCUAUCACGACCCCAUUUCUCGGAUUAGGGCUUGUUCGGCGUCUGACGUCGCACCACUCGGCCCUUCGUUC